CUCAACAUCACCUCCUAUAUAAACCUCACCUUCCAAUCCUCUCUUAUGCAUUCCAUUUCCUUCUCAGUUCUCACUUUUCCUUCUUUCAAUUUCGGAUCAUGGAUCUUAUCCCAGAUCUACCUUAUGACAUCGCUUUUCAGUGUUUACUUCGCCUCUCUUACAACCAGUAUCGUACUGCUUCCUCUGUAUGCAAAUCCUGGAACCGCCAGAUUCGCCUCCCCGAGUUCCUCCGCCAACGAAAAGCGGGCUGCCAUAGCCAAAAACUCGUCGUUAUGACCCAGGCUAAGGUUGACCCGAAUAUCAAUUCGGGUUUUGUGAAGAGACUGACAAACCCGGUUUAUAGGGUUUCUGUUUUGGAGGUUGGUUCGGGUCUGUGGUCUGAGUUGCCGCCGAUUCCUGGGUUUUUUUCUAGUGGUUUUCCAUUGUUUUGCCAGGUGGUGGCUGUCGGGUCGGAUCUUGUUGUGAUGGGUGGGUUGGACCCUGUUACUUGGAAGGUAUCGGGGUUGGUUUUUGUUUUUGAUUUUGUGUCGGCCACGUGGCGGCGUGGAGCGGAUAUGCCAGGUGUUCGACGGUUGUUGUUUGGGUGUGCGUCUGAUGGUGAUCGGAUGGUGUAUGUCGCUGGAGGGCAUGAUGAUGAGAAGAAUGCAUUGAGGUCAGCAAUGGCGUAUGACGUGGAAAAAAAUGAGUGGACCAACCUGCCUGACAUGACAAAAGAGCGUGACGAGUGUAAAGGAGUUUUCCGCAGUGGUAAAUUCCACGUCAUCGGCGGGUACUCUACCAAUGCGCAAGGCCGUUUCGAGAGAGAUGCUGAAGCGUUUGACGUCGAAAACUUUCAGUGGGGCCAAGUGCAAGAGAACUUUCUGAAAUCUGCCUCGUGUCCUAGAACAUGCACAGGUGGUGAUGACGAGGAUUUACACAUGUGCCAUAAAGGGCAAGUAAUUGCACUAAAAGGUGACACAUGGCAGGAAGUGUCCAAAGUACCCACUGAGGUAUCCAGCGUGGCAUAUGUAACGACGUGGCAGGGAAAGUUGAUGGUGAUUGGGCAUGCAAGAUUUGGUGAGCCCCACAUGGGUUACGUGUUGGAUUUAAAGAGUUACGAGUGGACAAAAAUAGAAACCCCAAAAGAAUUUUCAGGGCAUGUUCAAUCAGGGUGUUACUCGGAGAUUUAACGGCCUAGAUUGUCAUUUUGUUUUGUAAAUAUUUACGGUUUCUUUUAAAUUUGGAUUCACAAAUGGCUUUUUGUGGUGGCCGACUUCCAUUGAGAGGACCCAUUUCUCUUUUCAUUUCUUUUGCGAGAGAGCAAUGACAAGUAUACAGAGUUGAUUUGUCUGUAAAGUUUUAAAUGAUCUUAGUUAUUUUGGAAACAUAUUCACA